AUGCUCUGUCAGUACGCACAUGGCAACAGCCUGUUUCGCGACAGCGGCCAGCGGCUGGGCGGCGCGGGCUGGCCGGGGCGGCUGCGGGACGGGCUGCAGCAGCGGGCGCUGCGCACGCGCCUGCGCCUGCAGACCCUGACCCGCGAGCACGUGCUGCGCUUGCGCCGCCACGCCUUCAUCCUGCUCACCGUCAGCGCCGUGGUCAUCGGGGUCAGCCUGGCCUUUGCCCUGCGCCCGUGCCAGCUCACCUACCGCCAGAUCAAGUACUUCUCCUUUCCCGGAGAGCUGCUCAUGAGGAUGCUGCAGAUGCUGGUGCUGCCCCUCAUCGUCUCCAGCCUGGUCACAGGCAUGGCGUCACUGGACAACAAGGCCACGGGGCGCAUGGGGAUGCGGGCGGCCGUGUACUACAUGGUGACCACGGUCAUCGCGGUCUUCAUCGGCAUCCUCAUGGUCACCAUCAUCCACCCCGGGAAGGGGUCCAAGGAGGGGCUGCGCCGAGAGGGCCGGAUCGAGACCAUCCCCACAGCUGACGCCUUCAUGGAUCUGAUCAGAAACAUGUUCCCGCCCAACCUCGUGGAGGCCUGCUUCAAACAGUUCAAGACGCAGUACAGCACGAGGGUGGUGACCAGGACGGUCGUGCGGACGGAGAACGGGUCCGAGCUGGGCGCGUCCGAGCCUCCCCCCUUCCCGGCGGAGAACGGGACCAGCUUCCUGGAAAAUGUCACCCGGGCCUUGGGCACCCUGCAAGAGGUGCUGACCUUUGAGGAGACCGUGCCCGUGCCCGGCUCGGCCAACGGCAUCAACGCGCUGGGCCUCGUGGUCUUCUCUGUGGCCUUCGGGCUGGUCAUCGGCGGCAUGAAGCACAAGGGCCGGGUCCUCAGGGACUUCUUCGACAGCCUCAAUGAGGCCAUCAUGAGGCUGGUGGGCAUAAUCAUCUGGUACGCGCCUGUGGGCAUCCUCUUCCUGAUUGCCGGGAAAAUUCUGGAGAUGGAAGACAUGGCCGUGCUGGGAGGCCAGCUGGGCAUGUACACCCUGACUGUCAUCGUGGGCUUGUUCCUCCACGCUGGCGGCGUCCUUCCCCUCAUCUACUUCCUCGUCACUCACCGGAACCCCUUCCCCUUCAUCGGGGGCAUCCUGCAGGCCCUCAUCACCGCCAUGGGCACGUCGUCCAGCUCCGCCACGCUGCCCAUCACCUUCCGCUGCCUGGAGGAGGGCCUGGGCGUGGACCGCCGCAUCACCAGGUUCGUGCUGCCCGUGGGGGCCACGGUCAACAUGGACGGCACUGCCCUCUACGAAGCCCUGGCUGCCAUCUUCAUUGCCCAAGUCAACAACUACGAGCUCAACCUGGGCCAGAUCACAACCAUCAGCAUCACGGCACAUGGGGCCAGCAGGUUGGCGGCUGGCCAUCCCAGGCGGGUCUGGAUACACCAUAGCGUCAUCGUGCUCACGGUCGUUCGGCUUGCCAGAGACAUACGCUUCUUCAUAGCGGUGCGAUGGUUCCUGCUGAGGUUGACGGCUUCUCAGAUGACACUGUGCUGGGGGGACUUCAUCGGGGCGGCCGUCAUCGAGCACUUGUCCCAGCGGGAGCUGGAGCUGCAGGAGGCGGAGCUGACCCUCCCGCUGGGGAAAGCCCUAUCAAAGUCCCUCAUGGCCCAGGAGAAGGGGGCCUCCAGGGGGCGGGGAGGCAACGAGAGUGCCAUGUGAGGGGCCCCCAGCCUGCCGGCCAGAAAGGAGGGAAGGGGACCGGGGA